UAGUUACUAAUUUUACGUCGACACAAUAAGACCUCGGCCCUAACCAACUGUGCCUUUUCAUUUAAGUGUUAAAAUGCUUGCAAAUUUGUGGCUUGUGCUUAUAGCUAUGAUAACACAAAGUGUGUUACUAUGGAGCCUCCCUCUCUUAAAUUUCACGUCAGACUUAUCAACAGCUAAAUUUGUAUUCCUAGAAGACGUCUACAAUCUUAGCGACUCCAAGAACUUGGUGGACAAAUUAGACUCUACUAAAACUACUGUGUUGUAUUUGCAUGGUUUUGGUGAGAAUAUGAAUUCGGAGAGCAUUCAAGUCAUCGCAGAGGCCUAUUCGGAGCGCAGUGAUACAAACUUAAUUAUUCUGGAUUGGGCACAACUGGCGGGUGGUGAUUAUGCAUUGGAUGCGGUUGUCAAUGUAAAUCGAUUGGGAUCACAUUUGGCAACAGUUUUGCUUGAAAUGUUUGACCAAGGCUUGGAUAUUGAGAAACUACACAUUGUUGCUCACUCACUGGGCGGACAGUUGGCUGGCAAUACUGGUCGAGAGAUCCUUAAGCAAUCCAACGGUGUCAAGAAAAUUAAAAGAAUUAGCGCCUUGGAUCCAGCCUUCCCUCUAUUCUACUUGAACGCUGGCAUAAUCAAACACCUGUCAAAAGAUGAUGCCGAAUUCGUAGAUGUUAUACACACAGAUGCGUGGCACUAUGGAGCACCGUUCAGCACUGGCACAGCGGAUUUCUGGCCUAAUGGUGGCACUGCACCUCAGCCGGGUUGCCAGAAUGAAAUGCUCAACCCUAUUGAUUUGUGUAGCCAUCAGCGUAGCUGGUGGUUUUGGGCCGAGAGUGUAUCCGAUCGUUUUCCUGAAAAAUUUAAUGCGGUGGCUGCCGAAAACUGGAUAUUAUUCAUGCUAAAUGUUAAGAAACCUGAUAAAGCUGUCAUGGGUCAUUAUUGUCCCACAACUGCACGUGGCAACUAUUACUUGCAAACGAAUGGCGAAACACCCUUUGCACGUGGAGAGAAGGGCCUUACAUACAUGUACAUGUAAGGAACUUUUAGGUAAUGCCAAUACCUAUAUGUUAUUAUUAUACAAUCAAAAUAUAUUAUUAUUAUAUCUUAUGAUACAAAUAUAUACAUACAUCAACGGCAAAUGUUUAGAUUUGAAAAUAAAUCGAUGAUUUUUGAACAUUAA